AUGGUCACCAAAAAUGAAUCUCCGACGCUCACAGAAGAUGUCGCCUCGGGCGUUGUGGAGGCGAAGGUUCAUAUUCACGCAAGGACGAUCGUAGCAAUAGCUGCCAUCAGCUUCAUCAGUACUGCACAAUUAAUGUCAGUCGUCGGCUCAGGCGUUUUGGCUCGCGAUAUGGCCACUUCUCUGGGUGCACCAAGCCUAUCCGCAUGGUUCGGAGCGAUCAUAACAAUCUUGACCCUGGCCACGAUUCUUCCCACCAGCCAGGCCUCAGACUACUGGGGCAGGAAGCCUUUCAUCCUAGCGUCCUGCGUUUUUGGUGUAAUUGGAUUCAUUGUUGUGUCUCGGUCAAAGAACAUCGCGACCUGCUUGGCUGGCUUCACGCUCGGUGGCAUGGCAUUCGCCUGCCAGGCUCUUUGCUACGCCAUCCCCUCCGAGGUCUUACAUCGCAAACAUCGUGGAUAUGGUCAGGCUAGCGUCAACAUAUCAGCCGGUCUCGGCGGGCUGGUUGGAAUUAUAAUUGGCGGUGCCUUCACGCGGUCAGGUGGCGAGAGCUGGCGUAACUACUGGUACAUAUGUUUCGCACUGUAUGUCCUCGGGUUUGUGGGCGUCUUUUUUGGAUACAAUCCGCCACCACGAGAGCUCGAAGUCACGCUUAGCACAUCACAAAAACUCCGCAAGAUGGACUGGAUCGGAAGCUUUCUCAUCGCCGUAGGAUUGAUUUUAUUCGUCAUCGGGCUCCAAUGGUCUCGCAAUCCCUAUCCUUGGAACAACGGCCACGUCCUUGGACCCUUCAUCACCGGCAUUUGCCUGCUUAUUGUUUUCGGCAUUUGGGAAUGGAAAGGCACCAACGAAGGAAUUCUACAUCACAGUCUUUUCAAGGACCGAAACUUGCCAGUUUCAACACUGCUCAUCUUCAUCGAAGGUGUAGCGUUCUUCACAGUCAACAAUUUCUUCGUCUUCGAGCUUAUCAUUGUCGGUCAUGUAGGCGCAUUCCCUGCCGUCUUUCGAUUUGCCGUCCUAUUCGCGGCUUCGAUUGUGACUGCAUUCCUCACAGGAGCCUACAUCACCUGGUCGAAGCGGGUUCGGGAGCCACUUAUCUUUGGUUUUCUCUUACUUACCACAUUCCCAAUUGUGAUGGUAUUCUAUCGGGAGAAUCUCCCAGCGGCUAACGCAUACGGCUACGCGAUCAUUUAUGGUUCAGGCCUUGGGUUGAUCUUAACGGCUACCAUAGUGGCGGCUCAAAUGAGCAGUCCAGCAGACCAAAUUUCCCUCAGCUCAGGUCUGCCUACUGCCGCCCGAUCUCUCGGGGGUGCUGUCGGGGUAGCGAUCAACAACGCAAUUUACAAUAACAGUCUCCAAUCCAAAAUGCCUCGCUUCAUCGCCGAAGCCGUCCUUCCUCUAGGAUUCAAUCCCAAGGACCUUCCUGCACUGAUUGGAGCACUUGCAUCCCAAAACCCAGCUGCUGUAGCUGCCGUUCCGGGCUCCACACCAGCGAUAAUUGGUGCAGCGUCUCAUGCCGUAUCAGAAGCCUACAGGCUGUCUUUCAGGGAUCUCUGGAUUGCAGCUGCGUGCUUUGGGGGUUUUGCUGUACUUUUGAGCUGCUUGGUGAAGAAUUCCAAGGGUGGGUUUACCGAACACAUUGAUGCUCCUGCAGAGACAUUGAGAAGAGAUAUCAGGACAAGACCAAUGAGAUAA